CAUCCUCUUUUUAUUUCCCCAUCUCUCGUCGCAUUCUCGUCCGCAACACUGCCCAACUACGUCCAUCUUCAUCAUCUCGUCGCAGAAUCGUCCUGGUCAUCAAGCUCUCUCGGGGAUCUCAUCAAGAGCUGCACGUCCCACACGGCCAAUCCCGUUCCUUGGCAUUGUGCGGGGAUCCAACACCGACAUCUCGAGGAAUCUCCAAACCCUCACCUUGGGUUCCCUCGGGCUGAAAUAUCGAUCCGAGUCUUGGAUCUCAUCUGUCUGACAUGGCUUCCCAACAGCAUUAUCCGCCUCCUCCGGGAUCUGGCAGCUCUCAAUCCUACCCUCCACCUCCCCAGCAGCAACAGCAGCAGCAACAGCAGCAGCAGCACAGACAGUAUGCCGCUCCUCCUGGUCCCGGUCCCAUGUCUCCUCCUGCGAAUCGAACUGAAUUCUACCCGUCGCCGCCCACGCAAGCAUCGCCUGGCCAGCAGCAACAUGCCAACUACCCCCCUCCGCCUGGGAGUACCUCAUCUCCUGGCCCAAACUACCCACCUCCCCCAGGCAUACAACAUCAGUCGACUCCGAGCCAAGGGGCUGCGCAUUAUCCGCCACCUCCCCAGUCGCAUCCCCAUGCAUCGCCUGCGCCCUCGCAAGGAGGCUACUACCCACCCCCUCCUCAACACAUACCAUCGCCGUCGCUGCGGCAGUCUGGGCAAGGGCAGUAUCCAACACCGCCCGGUCAGUCACCCGCCCACACGCAAACGCCCCAGAGGCAACACAGGAUAUCACAGUCAAGCAUCCCCCAGCGCCCCGCCUCGACCACCGACAGCCUACAGCAACGGCCACAACCGCUGCAACAAUCGUUGUCCCAAGCCGACAUACCGCCUACGUAUCCCACAACCGAUUCUGGCUAUCCCCAGGAGAAGCAAGGUCAUGAGCAAGAGCAGCUCGGGAUCCCAGGCGGACCUGCGCAAGCGCCUGUGACUGCCGUCCAACAAUCGCCCCUCAAUACCAGCCAGCCGAGCAAUCUGGUAGCUGGGGCGCCACCAGCCGAGCAUUUCGUCGGUGCAGCAGCAACCUCCGAUGACGUGGGCACCUUCAACGGCGGCAGCUAUCGCAUCAGUCACCGCGACUGCAAUACGAUACUCACCGUGCAGCUCGCCAUGGGCUGCCCCCUCGAAGCCAAGCCCGGCGUCAUGAUUGCCAUGACGCCUACAAUCACAAACAAGGGAGCCGUCAAGUUCAGCUUGAAGAAAAUGGUUGCUGGGUCGGACAUUGGAACGUCCACCUUUAUCGGACCUGGCGAGCUGCUCCUGGCGCCAGGCAUGCUGGGUGACAUUACAAGUGUGCGACUUACUGGCACUGAGCAUUGGUCCGUGGGCCAAGACGCCUAUCUCGCUUCGACGCAGGGUAUAAUCAAGGACUACAAGCGGCAAGGUCUCAGCAAAGCAAUGUUUGGCGGCGAGGGACUAUGGGUGCACAAGAUUAGCGGCAAAGGCUUGCUGUGGAUCACCAGUUUCGGUGCCAUUAUCCGCAAAGAUAUGGCUGAGGGAGAAAAGUACAUUGUGGACAAUGGCCAUCUCAUUGCGUGGAACUGCAAGUACGUGAUGGAACGUGUCACCUCUGGUGGCAUCAUCGCCGGCUUCGCCGCUGGAGAGGGCUUGGUGUGCAAGUUCACCGGGCCUGGCACCGUGUUCAUUCAGACGAGAAACCCUAAAGCAUUCACCGCAUACAUGUCGGGUCAAACAUACCAGGCCUAGUUGGCCCAUGAGCUGCAACCAGGGGAGACGACAGAGCACAAUUUUGUAUAUCAGCGGGUUAGUCCUUUAUUCCAGGGCCAAUACACGGCUCUACGGUCCGUUAUAAUGACCUUCCACUCUCACUGCCUUCAUGACAUGACAUGCUCCAUGUUCUCAUAGAACUAAGCCCACCUAUUUGUCGCAUCAUCAACUUUUCUGAAUUCCAGUCAGGCUUCUUCCAUCCGAGUUCACUCAAGGUGGAGUCUUAUGUUACCAGACGGACGCAGUCAAGAGGGGCAGCAGUAA